GAAACUAAUACAGUAAAUAAGGAAGCAACUUCACCUUUAUUUAUUUUUUUGAGGUUGUGGUUAGCAGCUCCGCAACACAAAUAACUAAUUGAACAAUAAAUACUGUUGUUAGCAUCAGCAAACACUGCACGGACAUCAAACUGAAUCAGGAUGAUUCCGACGGAGGAUGCGUCAGCGCGGAAAAGAGAGAUUGAGGAGAAAUUGAAACAGGAACAAGAUACGUUGUCGUUCAUCCGAGAGAACCUGGAGAAGAGUGACCAGCUGACCAAAGGCAUGGUGUCCAUCCUGUCAUCCUUUGAAAGCCGGCUGGUGCAGCUGGAGAACUCCAUCAUUCCUGUGCACAAGCAGACUGAGAACCUGCAGCGGCUGCAGGAGAACGUAGACAAGACCCUGUCCUGCCUGGACCACGUCAUCAGCUACUACCACGUGGCCAAGGACACAGACAAGAUCAUCAGGGAGGGACCUGCUGGUAGGCUGGAUGAGUAUCUAGCCUGCAUUGCUAAGAUCCAGAAGGCAGUGGAGUACUUCCAGGACAAUAAUCCAGACAGCCCAGAACUCAACACAGUGAAAGCGCGCUUCGAAAAGGGGAAAGAGCUGCUGGAGGCGGAGUUCAGGGCCCUGCUUACGCGCUACAGCAAGCCGGUCCCUCCUGUGCUGAUCCUCGACGCCAUCGGGGUGGACGAAGAGCUGGAGGUGCAGGAGGAGGUGACGCUGGAGCACCUCCCUGAGGCCGUGCUGCAGGACAUCAUCUGCAUCUCCGGGUGGCUUGUGGAGUACGGCCGUAACCAGGACUUCAUGACGGUGUACUUCCAGGUGCGCUCCUCCCAGCUGGAUCGCUCCAUUAAAGGUCUGAAAGAGCACUUUCGCAAGAACAGCGCCUCCUCCGGGAUCCUCUACUCCCCCGCCGUGCCCAACAAGCGCAAGGACACGCCCACCAAGAAGGCUCCUAAGAGACCAGUCUACAUUCCAGGAACGAUCCGGAAGGCUCAGAACCUUCUGAAACAGUACUCACAGCACGGGCUGGAUGGGAGAAAGGGGGGUUCUAACCUCACUCCUUUGGAAGGUCAUGAUCAUGACCUCAGAGUCAAACACCUCUCUGAUGCCCUGAGUGAGAAGCAGGGGGCAUCUGCAGGGAAGGAUGACGUGCUGGACAUCGAGAUCGACUCCUACAUCCACUGCAUCAGCGCCUUUGUGAAGCUGGCCCACAGCGAGUACGCCCUCCUGACGGAGAUCAUCCCAGAACACCACCAGAAGAAGACCUUCGACUCGCUCAUCCAGGGGGCGCUGGACAACCUGAUGCUGGAGGGUGAUGACAUCGUGUCGGCGGCGCGACGGGCCAUCAUGCGUCAUGACUACUCGGCCGUGCUCACCAUCUUCCCCAUCCUGCGGCACCUGAAACAGACCAAGGCCGAUUUCGACUCUGUGCUCCAGGGUACGGCCGCCAGCACCAAGAACAAGCUGCCCACCCUGAUCACCUCCAUGGAGACCAUUGGAGCUAAAGCUCUGGAGGAGUUUGCUGACAGCAUUAAGAAUGAUCCUGACAAGGAGUAUAACAUGCCUAAGGAUGGAACCGUUCAUGAACUCACCAGUAAUGCCAUCCUGUUCCUGCAACAGCUGCUGGACUUCCAGGAGACUGCCGGAGCCAUGUUGGCUUCCCAAGUCCUUGGCGACACUUACAAUAUUCCCUUAGACCCCAGAGAGAGCAGCUCGUCGGCCAGCAGCUACAGCUCGGAGUUCAGCAGAAGACUGCUCAGCACAUACAUCUGUAAGGUUCUGGGGAACCUGCAGCUGAACCUCCUGAGCAAGUCCAAGGUGUACGAGGACUCGGCCCUGAGUGCCAUCUUCCUCCUCAACAACUACAACUACAUCCUCAAGUCCCUGGAAAAGUCGGAGCUGAUUCAGCUGGUGGGCGUGACAAACAGAAACGCAGAGGUGUCAUACCGGGAGCUCAUGGAGCAGCAAAUGCAGAUAUACCAGCGCAGCUGGCUGAAGGUGACUGAGUACGUGACGGACAGGAACAUGCCCAUCUUUCAGCAAGGCACCAAGCUGAAGGAUAAGGAACGUCAGAUGAUCAAGGAGAAGUUCAAGGGCUUUAAUGACGGACUGGAGGAGCUGUGUAAGAUUCAGAAGGUGUGGGCCAUUCCGGACAAAGAGCAGCGAGAUGCUAUCCGGCAGGCCCAGAGGAAGGUGGUGUCUGAUGCCUACAGGUUCUUCUUGCACAGGUAUGGCAACAUAUCAUUUACCAAAAAUCCAGAGAAAUACCACAAGUACAGACCAGAACAGGUGGAGGAGAUGAUUGAGAGACUAUUCGACACAUCAGCCUGAGCUUAUUAAGCCUUUACACCCGCCAAACCUCGGAUCUCUGCCUCUUGCUGAAUUGCAUUCUGGGAGUCUGAUGUUUGUUUGUCUUUUCUUUAAAAUGUGUAUAUAUUAUUUUCCAUUAUUGUUGGGACCUUGCUAAUCUAAUAAAAUAAUUGAUCUUGAGCUGUA